UUAAUUUCCGCCGGCCUGUUGAUCACGCAGGUCGUGUCAACAACAUGGCGAGGUUUGUUUUUCUUUUUUGUUUCGUAAUUUCUACGGCGACGGCCACGACACCUGUUAUUGAUGAAACCGAUGACAGUGUAGUUCCCAAUGUCCCUGCGAAAAGUAUCCCUCGAAGAUGCCCCCCUAAUGAAGAGCUUAAGCGAAGAGGAUCCUGCCCCCCGGAUUCUUGCGACAUGUUGUAUCUCUCCGUUUUGUGUAUCGCUAACCAAACUCAAGAACUUUUGUGCACGUGCAAAUCAGGCUAUCUGAGGAGAAACACUACCUGCGUGCCUGAAGAUAGGUGUCUUCCACCCGAAUGCGCUGAUGAUCCCAACGCUAAAAGAGGAUGUGGAAAUAGAUGCGGAAAAACUUGCGCAGAUUACAACUCGAAUAAAAUAUGCAAAGACGACGUAUGCAAUCUGUAUGGAUGCGAUUGUAAAGACGGAUAUAUUUAUGAUCAAAACAAAAAGAGAUGUGUUAAACCCGGACAAUGCACCAAGCAAUGCAAGGGAGCACAUGAAAUAUACAUUGACUGCCCAGCCGGGCAAUGCAAUGCAAAAACUUGUGAUGAUCUAGUGAAUCCACCUGGUUGUCCAAGAAUAAAACCACCUUGUCCAGGAGGCUGUGUUUGCGAAGAUGGAUAUUUGAGAGACAGUAAUGGAAAAUGCAUACCGAAGGAACAGUGUCCUUCUCUGCAAUGUAAGAAGAAAAACGAACGCUGGUCAAACUGCUUGAUCGGAGAAUGCGUCCCAAAGACUUGCGAGGAGGUGGGAUACCCUGUGGCCUGCCCAGACAUUAUUGGUCCCUGUGCCGGCGGCUGCACUUGCAUCGAAGGCUUCGUAAGGAACUGUAAAGGAGAGUGCAUUGACAUGAAGAGUUGUCCAUGUUGUGGAGGAGACCCUAACGCCGUAAGCGGUUGCAGCAACCCAUGUGGCAAAACUUGCGCGAGUCUCUAUGCGAACAAGUCCGACUUGUUCUGCCCUCAGUAUUGCCAGUACAACGGCUGUGAUUGCAAACCCGGAUACCGUCUACCAGCAGACAGCUCAAAUGACGAACAAUCUAAAAAAUGUAUUCCAGAAAGUGAAUGUCCUAAACCUACUCCGCAAUGUGGAGCAAACGAACAGUACUACUGCGGUACGUCAUGCCCCGAAGCCAGCUGUGUCAACCCCAUGCCUCCAACGUGCGUCAACAAGAAAUGCAAAUUAGGUUGCUUCUGCAAGAAAGGAUUCGUCAGAAAUUACAACAACACCUGUAUACCUGUCAAUAAAUGCCCUAAAUGCAAAGGACCUCACGAAAAACUCAUAAGUUGUCCAGUCGGACAAUGUAACCCAAAAACAUGCAAGGACCUAAUAAUCCCACCUGGUUGCCCGAGAGUGAUACCUCCUUGCCCAGAUGGCUGUGUUUGCGAAGAAGGUUACCUACGAGAUGCAAAUGGAAAGUGUAUCAAACAGUCACUGUGCCCCAAACCUUCUUGCAAGGCCAAUGAAACCUACGUCAACUGUGGUGUCAAAUGUCCCAACAUUUACUGCCCGAAAGUCGAUGGACCCCAACCCGUAUGCGACCCGCCAAGAGACUGCCCGCCAGGGUGCAUAUGCAAGGUUAAUUACAGAUAUGACCAAUCUGGAAGAUGCAUACUUGCUUCUGAAUGCCCCGCAUUAAAAUGUAAAGAUCCCAACGCCGUAUGGGAUUCGUGUCCUUCAGCCUGCUUGGACGAGCAAUGCGAAGCCGCUGACUCUCCGCCCGUAACGUGCAACACAUUGCUUCUAAACUGUAACCCUCGAUGUGUUUGUAAACCUGGAUAUUUUAAACACCCGAAAACCGGAUUAUGCGUGCCAGCUAAAGAAUGUCCAAACGUCUGUAAAGAUCCCAACGCAUCGUGGAAAGAUUGCCGUAGCACUUGCCCAGGCACGUGCGAAAACACUAAACCGUUAUGCAUUAGCGAUAAAUGUAGCCCUGGAUGUGAGUGCAGUGAAGGCUACGUUUUAUCUAAGAAAGGGAAAGGAGGGAAAUGUGUUAAGAUUGAAACAUGCGCAGAUUACGUCCACUGUCCCGGCAAUCAAACCUUUGUCCCAUGCACAUUCAAGUGUCCCCAAGUAUUGUGCCCUGACUCAGACCAAACCCUUUUGUGCAAGCCACCAAGAGAUUGCCCUGGAGGAUGUGGGUGCAAGCAAUAUUAUAGGUAUGACGCCGAUGGAAACUGUAUCAAGUCGUCGGAUUGUCCUCCAGUAGAAUGCACUAGACCACACGAGGUGUUCAAAUGCAAACGUGCGGGUGACUGGGAGAACUGCGAUGAGAGAUAUAACUCUCCCCCGAUUUGGGGAGGCGACCCUGAUGAUUGCGAGCCGAAGUGCGUGUGCGAAGAUGGGUAUUGGAGACACCCUGACACGAAAACUUGUGUCAAGAAAGAUGAAUGUCCUCCAAUUAAUGGCUAAACACACCCUCAAGAACAGCGAGUAAUAUGGUAUCCUACCUAGAAAUGCUAAUUGUUUACGUGAAAUUUAAUAUUAUAUUUGUCAUAAUUUGUAAUGGACAUGGACUUGCUAUCAUGUAAAUGUAGGUAUAUAUAUGUUGAAUAUUAUAAAGUAAUAUGUU